UCGCUGUCUUUACCUGCCCCCCUCCCCUGGCAGCCUCCUUUACUCGCAGCCUUAUCUCCCUCCCGAUCGCUUGCCAAUCACAGCUUUGUUUCAAUACCCCCUUCCCUCUUUCUAAAAAAAAGGGGGGGAAAGCACGAUCUGUUUUUUGCCCCUGGGCAAUUCGGCUCCAGGGACCACGCAUUCGUUCCAUAAGACACACAGACAUAGAACUAGUCUAAAUCUGGCAGGAACUUUUGACAGUACCCUGCUUGUCUGUGCAUGACUUUCAACAAGGCGCCAGCAGAAAGGCACUAACUGGAAGGUUGCGCCCCAGAGUUCACUUUACUUAGAAGUAAGCCCUGCUUCAGUCAGUGGCCCUUGCUCUCUGGGGUAAGCAUGCAGCGGCAUGUGUGCUGAACAUUGGUUGAGGCAGGAGAGAAACCAGGGGAAAGCUUGGCUGUCUAGAUUAAGAAGUGCCUUGCCUGACACAUCAGCUGAAAGGCUGCUGUGGGGCAAGCAGGGGGAGCAGAGGGUGGGGCGUUAAAAAGCUGUGAUGUGCACAGGCUGGGUUGUGUGUUGCCCUCUGAAUCCUAGCCAAAAUGCUCGAGUUCUAAAGUUUCAAGAAUUCUAAGCAGAAUCAGACUGCUUCACACAGGUUUGCUGCAUGUCAUGCAAAGCCAUACUAAAUGUGUGGUUUUCCAGAAAUGUAUUGAAUUGGAAAAUGAGCCAUGAAAGUAAAUGUCAUUCUUGAAUUGAGCAUCUUGAUCUUCACCUAUGAAGAAUGUUAAGGACAGUGUUCUCAACACUUUAAAUUCUCAUAUUUCAAAGAAUUGGUCAGAAUAACAAUUUGUGGAGUUAAUAAUCUCAUGAGCUUCCUGUGGAAUUUGUUUGGCAUAACUUCAUUUUCUUUGUGACAGGUUAUGAUGGAUUUUGGAACUGUUGGUGGCUAAAAAAUUGUCUUUAUUUUUAUCAAUUCAACAUUUGCAGACCUAAGGGGAGAUGUAGGGAGAUGCUUCCCUGCUGACUUGCUGUAGCCAGGUUGGGAGGUGAAACAAGUUUUUCUUCUUCUAAUGUGUGGAGGGUUUUUUUUAAGUCCCAGGAAAUUUAUCCAGGGAUUUUUGGGAGAGUGAGCAGGCUUUGGAACAAGCAGAUCCAAGUCCAUGCCAACACCCAGAGAGGAGGAGAAAUAAGCAUUCUGUUUUGUUCCUUUCCCAUCUCUCCUGGUCUCGUCUCCCUUUUCUUUCUUUCUGCUUCCCUGCCUUCCUUUCCAAUCACAGUGUUUUCUGAAUUUUGCCUGGAAAAUGAGAGAACUGAAAGAGGAAGGGAGAAGGAGCAGCAGGCCUCCUGACAAAGGAGACAGUGAGGGGGAAGGAAUGCAGAUGCUCCGUGGGUGCCACAUUGGGGGGCACUAGGCCUAGAGGCAUGCCUUAAGCGAUGGGCACUAAGGAAGUGUAUGUAUUUGAGGGGUUCCCCGUGCCUUGUCUUUUAUUUAGGCCAUUGUCGUGGGUUGUUUCCCCCUUGCAGAGAUGCUUGUUUGUGUUUUUGUUCGUGUUCUGGCCCAGCCCCAAGGUCACCAAAGCAGCAACAGUAGUCCCCUGGAGAAGGAGCUGAAGAACUGUUGGCAGUCACCCAAGGAGCUGGUUUCCAAAGCACAGAGGGCAAAGUUUCAAGAACUUGCCUGUCAAAGUGCCAAGGAAAUGGGGAGCAACUUUGAGAGGAUUCCUGAAGGGAAAGGCCCUUACUCAGUUGGAUGCACAGAUCUUAUGACCGGCCACAGCAUUCAGGGAAGUUUUUUGCGUCUCUAUUACCCAUCCCAAAUUGGUACAAGUGAUGAAGAAACAAUAUGGAUUCCCAAUAAAGAAUAUUAUUAUGGACUAUCUGAUUUUCUGAACAUAAAUCGGACAUUAGGAGGGUUCUUUUUCACAUGCAACUUUGAACUCUGUAUUCAGCAAUUUGCACUGAAAUGGCAUCUCGGGGUUUUGUUGUUGCUGCUGUUGAGCAUAGUAUUUCUACUUGAACAUAGAGGCAGAAUAUGGUGCUUGAGAGGAAAGGAGUGCAGCUAUCUCAAAAGGGAGGUCCAGAGGCUUCAGAACAGCAUUUUUCUUUUUAUUAGAGACCAGUCAUCUUCAGCUACAUAUUACCUUAAUGAGAAACCUGCUUUAGGAGCAAAGGGAGAAGCCUCAGAACUGCACAAGGAGUGGAUCUAUUACAGGAAAUUAAAAGCAGGUGAAGAUGAAGUUGCUUUACGUCAACAACAGGUGCAACAAAGAGCUGAUGAGUGUGUUAGAGCUCUUGACCUCAUGCUUGAUAUUAAUUCCGGAAAACAAAUAGUGAAUGUGCUGCCAUUGAACUUUAACUGGAUGCUUUUAAAGGAUUCUAUUGAUGUACAGAAGAUAGCUGUGAUGGGACACUCUUUUGGUGCUGCUACAACUAUUGAGGCUCUUAGCAAAAAUGUCCAGUUCAAGUGUGGCAUUGCCCUUGAUGCAUGGAUGCUACCCCUUUGUGAAGAAGUGUAUCCUAGAGUUCGUCAACCAUUGCUGUUUAUUAAUUCAGAAAAAUUCCAAUGGGCUUUAAAUAUUCUAGAAAUAAAGAAACUUAACUACAAAGACAGAGAGAGAAAAAUGAUCACUAUCAAAGGAACGGUACAUCAGAGUUUUCCAGACUUUACAUUUUUGACUGGCAACAUUGUUGGAAAGAUUUUUGGACUGAAGGGACAAUUAAAUCCUAAUACAGCCAUUGAUGUUAGCAACAAAGCUUCAUUAGCCUUCUUACAGAAACAUUUAGGUCUCAAUAAAGAUUUUGACCAGUGGGACUCUCUCUUAGAAGGCAAAGGUCAUGAUGUCAUUCCAGGCACCAACAUUGAUCUACCUCCAAUGCCACCUCAGUCCAAACAAUAAAGACAGAAUGGAAAUUGUGGACCCUUUAACAAUUGACAAGGAGCUCUUGAUUGUUGACAGUGCUAUUUGCAAAUUGAGAGCUUGAAGAAUAGUUUUGUAACAUGAAGGCAACUGUGCAGCAAAUUAUAAUUGGUUUAUUGUUAACAUCAGUAUAUGAAGGUGCCACCACUCUGCUAAUUUACUUUCCAGAGCCAAGAAAUAUACCAAGUAAACAUCAGUUAAUAAUGUG